AUGCCCGGCCAAGAGGAUACCGCAGUGAGCCCGCUCUUCACCCCUACCCAGCCCAUAUCGCCCCAGGUAACCACCCGAGUCGGACGCCUCGUCUACGUCGGCGAACCCGAAGACCUCAUCGAAUUCCCCGAAGAAAACGAAAGAAAUGCGCAAACUAACCAUCGUGAUAAAAAGCCCGUAGCACGCACGGGUCCGGCUACCUGCAACUGCAAACCCGCGGCCCGGCAGACCAAGGGCUUGGCCGACUCGAAAUGGGCUUCUCCGUCCUUCCGAUCGCUCGGCCACUUCCCCAGGAACACUGCUCUCCUCGGCCAUGCCGUGGGCUGCCCCGUCCGAGUCCAGUUCGAGAUGGCCCACCCUCUCGACUGCGGCGCGAACCCGGCGGCUUACCACGGGCUCAAGAACGCGAGCACGCCUGGAUUUAGGAUGAAUGUAUACGGAUAUGACGCUUGA